AUGCAUCUCUUUCUUCUCUUUAAAGGCGGUGAUGAUCUGAGGCUGGUGAAUGGAGGCAGUCCCUGUGCUGGCAGAGUGGAGAUUCUUCACGAUGGACAGUGGGGGACAGUUUGUAGUGCUAACUGGGAUAUGGCGGAUGCUGGAGUUGUGUGUAAACAGCUGGGCUGUGGAUCGGCUAUAUCGGCUCCAGGCAAGGCUCGCUUCGGAGCUGGUUCUGGAAAUAUCUGGCUGGAUGCUGUUUCCUGCAGAGGCUCUGAGUCAGCUCUGCGGGACUGUGGAUCACUGGGCUGGGGAAAGCAUUAUUGUGGACACAUUCAGGAUGCUGGAGUGAUCUGUUCAGACCAUCGAGCGGUGCGUCUCAGUGGUGACAGCAACCUCUGCUUUGGGAGAGUUGAAGUACAGCAUGGGCAGACCUGGGGAACGGUCUGUGAUGCUGACUUUGACUGGCAGGAUGCAGAGGUUGUCUGUCAGGAGCUGAAGUGUGGAUUUCCUCAAGAGGUGCUGGGGGCUGCCCGUUUCAAGGAGGGGAAAGGUGACCUUUGGUCGGAGGAGAUCCAGUGCUUUGGAAACGAGUCCCGGCUCUAUGACUGCCGCACUGCAGCCACAAAGAAGCAGAGCUGCACACAUAGGAACGACGUGGGCCUUGUCUGUUUCGGGUACACUGGGUACAGGCUGGUGGGUGGCCCUGACUCCUGUUCUGGGCGAGUGGAGCUGCAGUACGAUGGUCAGUGGGGGACGGUCUGUGAUCGCUAUUGGGAUCUGCAGGACGCCACAGUUCUCUGCAAGCAGUUGAAUUGUGGGUACGCUGUAUCAGUCCCGGGACAGGCCUGGUUUGGUGAAGGCAGCGGUGAUGUACGGGCUGAUAUAUUCGACUGUGAUGGCAGUGAGACACACAUAUCAAAUUGCUCCAUCUCUGCAUGGGGACGAGGCACCUGCACUCAUAGGAACGAUGCAGGAGUUAAUUGUUCAGGCCCAUUGCUACCAGCACAACCAGAUCGAAUCAAGCCUCUGCCAAGUAACUGCAACACAGGUAAUGAAGGGACCUCGCUCUGCUCAGAUCACACGACCCUCAGGCUGGUGGGGGGAGGAGGUGCCUGCGCUGGGAGGGUGGAGGUUUAUCACAACGGCUCCUGGGGGACAGUCUGCGAUGACUCCUGGGACCUGGAAGAUGCUGAGGUGGUGUGUAAGCAGCUCCAGUGUGGGACGGCACUCAGAGCCACAGGGUCAGCCUCCUUCGGCCAGGGAAGCGGACUCAUCUGGCUGGACGAGCUGCGCUGUCAGGGGAACGAAUCGGCUCUGUGGGAGUGUGCCUCAGGAGGGUGGGGGCAGCACGACUGUAGACACAAGGAGGACGCGGGAGUCAUGUGUUCAGAGUUCAAGAAGCUGAGACUGUCUCGGGGCUGUUCUGGACUGGUAGAGGUUUUCUACAAUGGCACCUGGGGUAACGUCUGCUACAACGGCAUGGAUAAAAACACAGUUAAGAUGAUAUGCCGUGAGGUAAACUGUGGAGAGAGUACUGAAAUAUCAGUGCCACGUCCAGCAGAUAGCACUGCACGCAAGUGGCUUGAUGAUGUUAAAUGCAGAGGGCAUGACUCUACAUUGUGGCACUGUCCAUCUUCACCCUGGGGUCAAAACAAGUGCUGGAACAACGAGGUGGCUGAGAUUGACUGCAAAGGUAAAGAUAUCUCUCUGUUUUUCUUCUGCUGGUGACCUGAUAGCUCAGUCACCCGAAAGACCACAGCUUUAAAUCCAAUUCUAGUGAUAACCGGAACACCAGCAAUACACAGUGAAGUUGUGUUAUUGGAGGCAGUGCUCUUUCUAAGAGGGGUCCAGUUGAUGUCCCCAAACCUAGAGCAGCAAAUAAUCUGCCCUGACCAAUCUUACUGUACUACCCACCACAGUGGAGAGGCCAGAGCAGGGCUGUGCUCCGCUACAGUGGGAUUUGUUAAUUGAUUCAGUUAUUUAUUCAGGAUUAAUGCACAAAGUACUCCAGCUUGUAAACUCGUUCCUUCAGUAUGAGUUCACAAGCUGAAACUUUAGAGAUACAAGCUGGCAUGCUGCACCUAUGAGCUUCCCUGUGGGUAUGUCUCCAGUACACUCACCGCCAAGUGACACAACACAUACCCAUGCUUUAGCAGUGUGAAUAAAACAAGAUUUCUUUGUGUUUUCAGUAGUUGAAAAGAAGCCAACUGUCUCCAGCAUACCCAA